AUGGCUUCAGCAACAGAUGAGCGAGAAUUGGUGUGGUUGCUGGAAUGGUGGUCAUGUACAGAAUGUACCCUUUAUACUGACCAAAGGAAUUAUAUCAAAUAUGGUAAAGAGAAUGCCAUAGUUAUUCUCAAUCAUAACUAUGAGAUUGAUUUCCUUUGUGGAUGGGACUUCUGUGAAAGAUUUGGUGUUUUGGGGAGUUCGAAAGUACUAGCAAAAAAGGAGCUGGCUUAUGUUCCUCUGAUAGGCUGGAUGUGGUAUUUUCUGGAGAUAGUAUUUUGCAAACGACAAUGGACAGAAGAUCGCAAAAACGUAGUCCAGAGUUUGCUUAAUCUCCGGGAUUAUCCUGAAAUCUUUUGGUUUCUGAUACACUGUGAAGGAACACGAUUUACUGAGAAAAAACACAAGAUCAGCAUGCAGGUAGCUGAAGCCAAAGGCUUACCUAAACUAAAGUAUCACCUACUCCCUCGAACAAAAGGCUUUGCACUGACUGUACAAUGUCUAAGGAAUGUAGUUCCAGCUGUGUAUGAUGCUACACUCAACUUCAGAAAUGGUGAAAACCCAACACUGCUAGGAACUUUACAUGGAAAAAAAUACCAUGCAGAUCUAUAUGUCCGGUAA